AUGCUACUGAAAACUUUCAUAUUUUGCCAACUUUUCGUUGUGACCAUUUCUACGAGUUAUAAUGCGUUUUUUGCGUUGAUGGUUACAAAUCCAACGGUAGUACAACAAGUCAACCAAAUCGAAACAAAUCUCACACAAACCAAUGCUCAAUUCAUCAAAUUUGUACAUAAUACAUCUCAUCUUCAUGUCCGACUCAACACUAUCGAAUUAAAUGAUACUCGACUGGAAAUAAUUCAAAAAUUCCUAAAAGAUCUCCCCAAAGCAAUGUGCAAUGUUUCUUAUUCAAUUCCAGCUUUGUUUGAGGGAACAGCAGUGAAGGCUAACACAACACUGCAUGGAAAACUGAACGCGAUGUCAAGCACGGUGAUUUCAUCAGUUCAUCAAAAAAUCUACUCCCUUCUGAAUGGCACUGAAAUUCCAUCUAUCGACGAGCACGAAAUCUUCCACCCCCGAAUGGAUAUUGUGGAACUCGAUGAUCGAAAACACGAGGAUCUCCUCCAAAUCAUGUCCAAUCGUACAGGAGAUUUCAAAUUGAACACCGGAGAUUUUAUAAAGGAAAUCGUUUUGUACAAUGGCAAUCCAUCAGGCGACUUCCACGAGGAAAUCGGGAGAGCUUCACUUGCUCCGUGCUCAAAUUUCACCGUUUUAAAACCUGAACUUAUUUCGAAUCGCGUUCCAAUUUUUACAAAUUUAGAUUAUAUGGAUUUUUAG